UAGUUUCGAUCGGGUAGGCCAGUCAAGUGAAACAAUAGAUGAAGGGCUACAAAUGCAGUCACAUAACGAGAGGUCGGUUGAGUGCGCUUAGGCUGAAAGCCACGUCUGACCAUUCUUACUGAAGUGGCAGAUGUAGACGAUGCCGGUACUGCAGUCGCCAUCUACCACACACGGUUGAUGGUCUUCGUGUCAGCUAUGGCACCCAUAAAAUCCUUAUUUACUUGCCUUCUCACUGUUGUAUCACUACCUCAAUUAAAGGCCUGGGCACCAAGCGACAUUAACUGCCGCCGUUUGGUUCCGUUACAACUAACUUCGGUGGUGACUCCAUGCGUUUAUCCGUGUAUUUUGUUAUCUCCGCACAAUGGGCACGGGGAAAUAGUUCUGCGACAUGAGGUAGAUGGCACACCAUGCAAAAUCCCAGGAAGUGAAUCAUUUACAUUGCAGAUAUCCAAGUGCGUGAGAGGACUCUGUCAGUUGCUCCAUGAUGAACUACACUUGAAACGGACGAAGAGAGAAACCAGACUGAUUCGAAAGAGGAGAAGUUUGGUUGAUAAAGUUAAAAAGAAAAUGGGGAGAAGGAAGAAGAAGAGAAAGAAGAAGAAAGGCAAGAAGAAAACAGACAAAAAUAUAAAGCAUGAAUAAACACAUAAGUGCUGAACGCAGUUUCCCAGACA